UCUCCCGUUCCUUCCUCUCUUUUCUCCCUCCUCCCCGCCGCCCGCUUUUUGCGCCGCGCCUGCUCCGGCACCGCCGCCGCCGCGACAACCCCCACCUCCUCCUCUCCCGUCCUCCGGUUGCAGCUCUCUCCCUUGAUCCCCCACCCCCCGCUCCCCAAGGGAGCCCCUCACCGCUCAUUCCGUUUGGAUCCGACGAUUAGGGUUUCGCCCGCUCGCCGCCGAUGAAGGGCGGCCGCCUGCACCGUCCGGAGCCGCCGCAGAACCAUCUCGCCACGGCGGCGGCGGCCCCAGUCCCAGCCCCCAAUCCCGCCGAUGACUGGGUUGACGGCUCGUGGACGGUGGACUGCUCCUGCGGCGUCACGUUCGACGACGGCGAGGAGAUGGUCAGCUGCGACGAGUGCAGCGUGUGGGUGCACACGCGGUGCGCGCGCUACGUACGCGGCGUCCACACCUCCUUCUCGUGCCACAAAUGCCGGAGGUCUAAGCGCGCCCCUUCCUCUGCCGACGAGGCCGAGGUUGCCGAGCUCCUAGCCGAGCUGCCCACCCACCGCCCGCCCCCGCUGUACCGCCGCUGGGCCGAGGUUCCGCUGCCCGCCCGCGUCCACGUCCACGGGCUUCCGGGCGGGGGCGACGCUGCCUUGUUCUGUGGCGCCCCGGCCUUCUCCGCCGCCCUGUGGCGCUGCACCGGCUAUGUUCCCAAGAGAUUUGGCUUCCGCUACUGCGAGUUCCCCUCCUGGGCUGAUGACAACGACGGUGCUGAUGCUCUGUUUGCGCUGGCUAGAGAGAAGCCCAGGGAGAUGGCUGAUGCUGUUUUGAUAGAUGUUGAACCAAAGAAGGAGAAGCAUUACGUCCGGAGCCUAAGCUGUCGUGGCAAGAAGGUUGAGGGCGAUCAGCAAGCAAUGCCUCCUCUGACCGAGUCUAAGAAGAGAGAUCCUGGUAGUUUGAAGGAUGGGUGUCAGCAGAGUGGGGCCUGUACCACGCGUGGGGAUCGUCAUGUUGAAGCAAAUAUGGCAAGUUCUGAUUUACAAACUGUUAAAACCAAGAAGAAGAUAGAGGAAUCCAUGGAGCUAUGUGGAGAUAAGAAAAUCUCGGAGCAAGUUCGUGGGAUGCUGAGCAAGGAUGACAAAAAGGUGCUGAUGAAAUUGGAAUUCUUAUCUGGAGUUAAAACUACAUCAUCCGCGGCGGAACAAGAAGUGCACUCAGGAUUCAUAGGAGUAGAGGGUACCAUGCAUAAGCAACAAUCAGAAGGGGAUCAUAAUGCGGGCUUAAGGUCUAGCAUAACGAGUUCAGGUUCCAUCAAAAUGCAAGACAAGCAUUACCUUCAGCAGCAACCAAAUCGAACUUCAAAUAUGCAGGAUGUUGCUGGUGUGCCAGAUUCACAGAUUGUUCAGUCAAAAUCACAGAUCAUGAAAACUGAGCCUGGUUCCCCAGAAAAUGAGAAAGCUGAUUGUGUCCAGUUAGUAAGUGAUGACCAUGAAAGCAAUAAACAAGGUCUAGGGGAUGCUGCUGUUUUUUCCAUUGGCCAAAGAGAUUCACCCAAACCAACAUAUGAUUCAGUAUAUCGCGAACAUCCAAAAUCUGAAUCACAAAAUCUGACGCACACAGUUGUUGAGCAUCCUAGCUCAACUUUGGGUUCUGCAAAAGUUGGUACAUCCUUUUCUGGUUCUGUCUCAAUACCACGUGAGUUAUCACACACUUCGGCAUCUAAAGAACCGUCAUCAACAGGUAACAGUGAUUGUUCAAAGAAAGGGGAACUAGUCUCACCAACUGACAGCAAACAUGAUUCUGCAAAGUUUUCUGAAGAUAGUUCCCAGGAAGUGAGAAGGUGCUCUGAGAAAGUUCAACCCAAAGGCUCACUGCCUUCUGCAUCAAAGUCAUCUCAAGUUUGUAGAAUGCAUGUGUCUACAGUCAAACCUAGAUUACCGGUAUCAAAGGAAUACUCACACAAGAUAGCCAUCACUGGAGGCACCUCAGCAAGAUCAUUCCAUGGGGAAGUACCACCACCGCAAUCUCGUAACAAGGCAGUAGCUUCUAAUUCUUCCCAGAAAAAGGACAAGGUCUACCACCGCACUAUUAAUGUCGCACAAGAGAGCUCCAAUAAUUCAGCAUCAACUGAGCUGCGAGCAUCUGAAUUGGCUGCUCCAUUGAGCGAUGAACAGCUUGCAUUACUAUUGCAUCAACAAUUAAACAGCUCCCCUAGAGUACCGAGGGUGCCACGUUGCCAUCAAGCAGCUGGUACGCAGAUGCUUCAUCCAGCUGGAGCUACUGUUUUCUCUAAGCGGUCUUCAGCACAUGGAGGGAGGGAUCAUUCAGCGGUUUUAAAGAAGAGAAACAGAGAUGAAUCACUAAAAGAUAGUGAGGACACGAAGAGGAUAGAAAAAAGACAUAGAGAUGCUGGCACAGAACGUGCUUCUUCUGCGAAGGACUCAUGCAGAUCAGCAGAAAAUGUAGCAUCAGAACAGAAGAGUCGUGGUGUCUGUUCAACUGGAGCUGACACUGGUUUAGGAAAGGAUGAUUCGACCGACAGCAGUGCUUCACUCAAUUUGCUUGGAUUGAUUGAUGAAAUUAUUAGUAAACACAGAAAUAUAUCAUAUGGGGAACUCUGUGAUGCUAUUCAUCAGCGUUUGAGGGAUUCAAGAAAAUCCAGUGGGGGAGACUCUGAGUAUCCCAACUAUUUAAACACCAUCAACGAUUGUCUUAGGAAGAGGAGGGAGUGGGCUUACCUUGUUGAUCAGGCUUCAAAGGAUAACUGAAGGCUGUUGCCCAGAGGAGAUGAAUUCAAAUAAGCGGCGAAAAGGGGAAAUCGACUCUUUGUUGGCUGACGUACUGGAAGUAGAGAAUGUGAGUAAUGGGCCUGAAAGGGAUUCAGAGGGGAGUGCUGAUUUGCAUCAGGAAGACCUUCCUAGAGGCAAACGGAAGUCCCGGAAACGCAGGCGACUUGAGCUCAAAGGUAGGAGAGUCAGGGAUAUAAGAAAGAGAUCCAGCAUUGGUUCUUCCUCAGAAGAUGCUGCGGCCACCUUAUCUGAUUCCAGUAAUGACAAAAAUGAUACCGUGAACCAAGAAGAUAAUUCUGUUGCUCCGGAAAAUGGUGGUUACAUUGAAGCUAAGAGUGCAGAUUCAAGUUCAUAGUAGGUUGUUGAUGCCGCGAUGCUUGUGAAUACUUGACCAUCCAGUAGUUCUUAUUUAUGUUGACUAUUUGAUAGUCCUUUUGAAUUCAUUGUCAUCAUCAGAGUGCAGUGUAUUGCUUUCUCUUAUAUAUUGUCGCUAAUAUUUGGUUAAAGCACUUCGUUUUCUGUACAUUUCCUUGUAUGAUCUAUGAAAGCAUGAAAGUUUUGUUAUUAGGUUAUAUGCAUGAGCACAGGCUGGCGGCUGCGACACAAGACAGGGCCCCACAUAUUUGUAAAUAGAUUUGACAUAUAUUUCUGAUGCUCGUGUUCUCUA